AUGGACCAAUCGGCUCGCGGCGGGCGCGGCCAGGGCAGUUCGCUGGCUUGCUUUCCCGCCAACGUGGCGAGAGACGUCACUGUUUCCGUGGUAACCGCACUCGGCGAUGGCGGGAGUCUGCCGCGAACCUCGGCGCAGCUGAAAUGGACGAUGGAGGUGCUGCGCUUUGGCCUGAGCCUCCCGAUGGACUGCGACACGCUGUCGGCCUGCCUGGACGUUUACGCCCACUGGCUGACGGUACCCGUGUCCCCGCCGGACUCCAUCCCGCCGCCCGUGGUCAAGGAGCCCGACCUUUACGUGCAGAAGAUCCUCAGGCACCUGAGCGUCUUAUUCCUACCUAGACCGGACAGACGGAGUCCGGCCUACUCGUCCGUCUGCCAACGUGUGCUGAGCGCGGUUCGGACGCUGGUCAGAGAAGGCGCACGGAUGGCCGGCGACACCUGGGAGACGCUGCUCGACUUCCUGCUUUGCGUAAAUCAAGCGACGCUAGCUACACCUGACUCUGCACCCGCGUCCUUGCCGUCUGUGGAGGUCCUGUUCCAGGUUAGUCUGGCGUCCUGCUCCCACUGUCGCCCUACUCCAUCCUGGUGGCUGUCGUGGAAACAGAUGAUGACCACCUGGAGGUUUCAGCCCGCCGUGCUUGACCAGUGGACGCGGAUUGUCUCCGCUCUGACAUCUAGGUUGCUGCAUCUGAGCUUGGGUCCCGCCUUCCCCCGGUUCGAGGUCCCAGAUGAGGACGCCGCGCUCAUCCCUGAAGACAUGGAUCGGCGACUCACUUUACACAUUUGGUUUAGGUUCUUGCAUUUGCUCGGCAAUCCCGCGGACCUGAAGCGUCCUCCGCAAGACGGCCUGCCACCCCCGGCCCUUGGGGACGUCUUCCUCACAGCCAUGUCCACCGUCAGCAGACUGGUGGACGCCUUUCUGGGUGUUUCUUUAAACUGCCGAGAAGGAGGCGAGGACAUGUUCAUCAACAAAGGGUUUUCGGCCAGAAUCCAUUUCCGAGACCGACUGCCUUCUCUUGGUGUCGCCGUCACCCGAAGUCCUUUCAAAGACAGACUGCCCACAUAUGGUGUUUCCCGUCCUCGCUCCGGAAGUGCUCCUCCAACCCCCGGAAACUUGUUGAGCGUGCCCGGCAAAUCGCAGAAGACGUCUCUCUCUGAGACGGCCGGAAAACCUCGUGCAGUGUCUCCACAAACGUCACCCUCCCUCCAACCGUGGAGGUCGUCCUCCGGUCUUCCCGUCUUCUCUUGGGCACUGUACCCAUCACCCCGCGGUUCCCCCUCCCCUCUGAGGGGCAGCGUGGACUCCCUGCUCCACUUGUUUGGUUUCUGCCUCUUUGACGCCGCCCUUGUGGACAAAAAUUCUGCUCUUGAUGAGCGCAGGGAAGAAGGACGAGCCGAAGCCUGUGGGACGCUUUGUCGGAUUUUCUGCAGUAAGAAGUCUUCGGAAGACAUCCUUCCCGAGUAUCUCUCCAGGUUCUACGCGGUCCUCCUCCAAAGUCUGCGAGCGGGCGAGGACAUGAGUCUUCCCGUCGUCUCCUCCGUCGUCCUCCACUCGUCCUCCUUGUUCUGCCGUGACUUACCCGGAGUCAACUUGCUGCUCCCCUCUUUCGUUUCCAUCCUGGAGAAGGUUCUUCAGGAAAGAGAGCUGUUUAGCUUCCAGUCUUUCGUGAGCCCCGUGGACCUGCGACGAGCAUCCAUCUCGGUGCUGAUGUCACUCUUGCCCCUGCCACAGCAGUUCGGAUCACUCCACCUGAAGCCGCCGCUGGACGCAGAUCAACUCCUGGCAGGAAGCGUUUGGUCCCUGAAGCCCCGCCUCUUCGCUUUGCUGAUUGGCUAUCUGCGGACAGAGACCGACAGCGCAAACACGCAGAUGCUCCUCGCGGCCAUCUUGACCGUAAUCCAUGACUGCGCCGCGAUGGAGUUAGCGCUAAAAACUCACCACAAAGGCAAAGCUCAACAGAUGCGAAAACACCCCAAUGCAGAACAUGAAAGAGCUAACGACCGACCCGCGGUCGCCCUGUGGGUGGAAUUUAUGCAUCUGCUGACUCAACACCUGAGUGACCGCUGGACGGACGACUCGGCGGUUUGCCUGUCAGCCGUGGAGGUUUUAGGAGGACUGGCCAAGGUGGACGUGAGAACGGCCCUGCAGGAAAAGAAGCGAGCGGUCGCUUCGGUCUGUCGCUACAUCGAAUACCAGUGCGGUCGUCCUCCUCCGCUUCACUCCAGAGAACUUCACUCCAUCAUUGUGGCGGCCUUCCACUGCCUGAGCGUGUGGCUUACAAGGCACCCUGAUAUCUUGGAAGAUGAGAAGUUCUUGGUGGAGCUUCUGGAGGUGGUGGAACUCGGUGUGUCCGGCAGCAAGUCCAGACAGGAAGAGGAAGUAUGGUGUCCAGGGGAGAAAAAAAUGAAUCCCGUCUCUCUGAGAGUCAAAGAGGCAGCUGAGGCCACGUUCAACUGCAUCAUGCAGGUAUCUGGAGCAUCCCCGUCUUUGGACAAAGAAGCCAGCUCUGGCCUGAGCGAAAUAACCCUGAAAAAAUUCCGAUACUUUUCUUUGGAUGAUUCCGUGAUCCUAGGAAUUCUAGAACCGGAAUCUGAACCAGAUGAAUUGAGGUUCUUUUGCCUAGACUCACUCACAGUGCUGAUCCGAGGACCGUUUUCGCUCCGCUCCUGGAAUUUCCGGCACCGCCUCAAGCCUAGAGAAGGAACGACAUCACCCUGCUCCGAAUACAUGACCGUGUAUGUUGAUUCUUUUUUGCAGAAAGCGCUCAACCUUGAGGACGGUGGCAGUGGAGCCCAGGUGCAUGCAGGGAUAUCGCACCGCAGCACCGGUCCGGAGAAUUCCCCGCUUAUCGAUGACAUCAAGACAGUUCCUUUGGUUAGAGCAGACCUGAGUAUUCCUGACCUAUGGGAGAGCCUGAGUGAGGAGCUGAAGAAGUGCCUGGAUCUCCUUAGAGGAACCCUAGAGCGACAAAAGCAAGCGGAGGCAGAGUCCCACCUUUCCGUGGGCGACACGACGUGUAUGCCUCCUCUUCCCGCUGCCGGCGUCCAAACCGCCAGGCUCUUCCUUUCUCACCUGGGCCUGAUGACUCCUGAGACCCUGAAGGAAGUCAGCGGCGGAGGCGUUCCGGCUCAGUUGGCGUCUCUGGACGCGUCGUUGUCGGGAUUUUGCCAGGAUCUGAGAAGUUUGGACAUGCUCUCGUCUAGAAGCGAGGAGUCGGUCUUGAUCUUCUACGUGAGGGCGAGGCAGAAGACGGCGGCUGAGAUCUUAAGGAACACAGAGUCAGGCCAGAGCAUCUCUCGUCACUUCCUGGACUUUUUGUUUGGUCUGGGCCUUCCGGCGGCAACCGGACGUGAGGAUACGGAACGAGACAACCAUUUGGUCUUCAAAUACGCAGACGCCCUGGCAGAUAUCACCUUUGUGGUUGCUUCGUCAUCAACGCACGCUGAUUGGUUAAAAAGCCAGAAGGAGGCGGAGUCAUCUGCGAUGAUCGUGUGGUUGGAGCGACCGGAAGACAUAGAAGGCUUUCCCAUUUGCCAGCUAACCAAUCGGCAACCUCCCAACUGCGCACGUGACUUUCAUGUGCUCUUCAUCCACGGCCUGAAAAGUGGACUCUUCCGGAUCUUCUCCCGCGGGGAAGGCGGAGCCAAAUUGCCUUUGAUUCCCCCACUGGUCAACGGGACGGUCGUCAGGAGGACCAUUCUUGGCCCGCUGGUCAUCGAGACGCUGCUCAACAGUUGGCGACGGCGGCGCGGCGACUCCACCCCUCCGCCACACGUCCGCAGGAAGUUGGCCAUCGGCGACCUGAUCCGGCGCUACCGCAGCCGCCGCUCGCAGCCCGCCGAUUUCUACUGCGCCCUCUUCCAAAGGCCUUGA